AUUUGUGGUUUGGUGCAGCGAAACGCGAGCAACAAUGCUGCUGACUUUUGCAGUAGCGACGGCGUUCGCUGCCAUCCUUGUCGCCGUUUUCCUACCGCAGCUGCUCUCGCCCCGGCGCCGCCUGUCCUCGCUCGCCGACCAAGUGGCGGUCGUGUCUGGCGGUGCGCAGGGCCUCGGUCGCGAGAUUGUGCUGCGACUCGCUGCGGCGGGCUGCUCGGUCGUUGUUUGGGACGUAGAUCGCGCUGGGCUGGAAUCGCUCAGGACUCAGGUUGAAGCUUCCGGCGGAAGAAUUGCAACCGAUGUUGUGGAUGUGUCGCAGUCGGCCGAUACGAAACUUGCUGCUGAACGAGCAUUGCAAACUUGGAAGAAGGUCACGAUCCUCAUCAAUAACGCGGGCGUCGUGUCGGCCAAGCCGCUCUUGGAGCUGACCGACGCGCAGAUUCAACGAACAAUGGGCGUCAAUCUGCUCGCGUGCUUCUGGACCACCCGUGCAUUGCUCCCCACCAUGAAGGAGCAGCCUCAUGCACAGAUUGUUAACAUUGCUUCUGUAUUGGGUCACAUUGGUGUUGCAAGGUUGUCAGAUUAUUGCGCCUCCAAGCACGGCGUGGUCGGCUUUCACGAAUCGCUGUGCAUGGAGCUCGCCGAUCAGCCCAACGUCGUUCCAACCGUCGUGUGCCCCGGCACCAUUUCCACACGAAUGUUUGACGGAAUCAAGCAUCCUUUCUUCAUGCCGCCGCUCACGCCCGAGUAUGUGGCGGACUGCGUCGUUGAUCGCAUUCAUCAGGGUGGUGGUGGAAUGCUUGUAUUACCUCGACUCUUCCAUCUGAUGCCAUUCUACCGGCUGCUGCCAAUGUCGCUCAAAGUGCUCGCUGCGCGGUUAACUGGGGUCUUGCAUUCUGUUGACAAUGUCAAGGGCAGUUCCUGA